AUGGCUAGCAACCCAGGGCUCCUCACCCAGUGGCCAUGGCAGAGGUUUGGGAGCUUCAAGGUACUCAGUCCAUCUUCUCUCCCUUUCUUUGUUCCACCGCGAUUCUCUUCCUGGAUCUCUAACACAAUGUUUCGACCGUAACUGUGUGGAUAAAAGUACCUGCUGGUGGUUCCCAUGGCGGCACUGACCAUCCACCGGGCGAUGAGCAGCCCGGGAGAGGAGAUCGACAUGGGCAGCCUUCUCAUCAUCCCAAUGCAGCUGCUGCGGGUUGUCCUUGACCUUCUCUGGAUCAGCUGGGCUCGUUUCCAGACCGCCAGGAGCAAGCACAGGAUCGUCCACAAGAGCAUCGAGUUCGAGCAGGUUGACCGCGAGCGGAACUGGUACUCUCCUCCAUUCUUCAUCCACUCUCUCUCUAUUCGAUCAAUCUAUAUAUCUAUAUUUCCGUCUCUCUACAUAUGUGGGCAUCUCUAUACUUGGUUGGCAGGGAUGACCAGAUCCUCCUAUCGACGAUACUGGUGUACAUGACGAACAUCUUCGUCCCAGGAGCUUCGUGCGUGCCAUGGUGGGACACGAGGGGUGCGGUGCUCAUCGCCGUCCUGCACGCUGGGCCUGUGGAGUUCCUCUACUACUGGUUCCACCGGGCGUUGCACCACCACUACCUCUACUCGCGCUACCAUUCCCACCACCACGCGUCCAUCGUCACGGAGCCCAUCACCUGUAAGGACAACCCCUCCUCCCUCUUCGCCAGAAUAUUCCCACGGCAGUUGUGGUAUCCGGAGUAACGCGGGUCGCUCUGGCAGCCGUCAUCCACCCGUUUGUGGAGGAAUUCGUAUACUUUCUGCUCUUCAUGAUCCCGCUGAUGACGACGGUGUUCACCGGCUGCGCCUCCAUCAUCACCGUGAUGGCGUACUUCCUCUAUAUCGACUUCAUGAACAACAUGGGCCACUGCAACUUCGAGAUCGUCCCCACCUGGCUCUUCCGCGUCUUCCCUCCCCUCAAGUACCUCAUGUACACCCCCACGUAAGUUCUUCUUCCCCCAUCUUCAGACCUCCGGCUUCUGAACAAGGAUUGGGGUUUCUGAGCUCGCCCGUCUCUUCAAUGGGGUGGCCUUCGUCUCCGCAGGUUUCACUCGCUGCACCACACGCAGUUCCGGACGAACUACUGCCUGUUCAUGCCGCUCUAUGACUACCUGUACGGCACCGCCGACAGGACCUCCGAUGAGCUCUACGAGAGGACCGUCAAGGGGGAGGAGGAGACUCCCGACGUGGUGCACCUCACCCACCCCACCAGCUUGCAGUCCGUCUUUCACCUUCGUCUUGGCUUCGCCUCCUUGGCCUCCAAGCCCUACGUUUCCAGGUGGUACGUCCGGCUGAUGUGGCCUCUCUCUUGCUGGUUCCUGCUACUUGCUCGGGUCUGCGGCUCCGCCUUCGUCGUCGAGAGGAACAAGUUGAAGGCUCUCUGUCUCCAGACCUGGGUCAUCCCAAGAUUCGGUUUCCAGGUGAAAUUCCCUUCUCUCUCUCUCUCUCUCUCAUAUACAUAUGCCAUGGCUACUACUACCAUGGGCCUGGUUUUGGGUUUCGAGCCCGAAAAUUCUGCCGGGCCCGGGUCUAGAGGACUGUUGAGCAUCACAUGUCCGGUGUGUUUAAAGCUGUUACCAUUUUUGCAGUACACGCUUCCAUUGGAAAGGGACGCCAUAAAUGGUCUGAUAGAUAAAACCAUACUGGACGCCGACAGACGAGGAGUCAAAGUUGUCAGCCUGGGUCUUCUUAACCAGGUCUGCGGCUCCCUGUUGACUUCUCUGCCAAAAAUGGUUAUUUAAUUGUAAAUAGCUUGUCAACUUUCGGUUUAAAUCGUAAACUAAGCUGGACUGAUAUUUUCCGAGUUAUAUGUGCGUGAUUCGUUUUUCUCUUUCUCAAUACUUCAAAUUAUUGCAAUGUAAUUAAUAUGGAAGAACUCGGCAACAUUCAGGGUGAGGAACUGAAUCGACUCGGCGAGUUCUACGUCCGCAAGCACCCGAAGCUGACGGUGAGGAUCGUUGACGGCAGCGGCUUAGCCGCUGCAGCGGUGAUACACAGCAUUCCUCAGGGAACGGAGGAGGUUCUCCUCAGGGGAAAGCUCUCCAAGGUAGCCUUCCUGGUAGCGAACGCCCUCUGCCUGAGAUCCAUCAGGGUAAGCCCCCCCUCCCACUGUCCAGCUUCCCUUUCUUCAGGCGAAUGCUCAUCUUGGUCUUCCAAUAAUCUCUCGAAAACAGGUCACGACAGUGGAGAGGGAGGAAUUCGAGAUGCUGAAACUGCGCCUCCCCUCAGGCCUCGGGAGCCUUCUGGUUCUCUGCAAAAGCUACACUCCCAAGGUCAGUACGUUCUUCUUCUUCUUCUUCAUUGCCCCCUGAUCUUCCCGACUUGAGGAAGCUAUGCUUGCAGGUGUGGCUGGUAGGAGACGGGCUGACGGAAGACGAACAGAGGAGGGCGGCGCGGGGCACCUUCUUCAUCCCCUUCUCCCAGUUCCCCGUGAGGGAAGUGCGCAAGGACUGCUUCUACUCCACUACGCCGGCCAUGGUCGUUCCCAAGGCCUUCGAGAACAUGCACUCCUGCGAGGUAGGAAAAGAGAGAGCAAGACGGGAAGUGAGAGAGAAACGAGAAGCUCCGAGCUUCUACUUAAACCGCUCUGCGUGCGUUGUUGUUGCAGAACUGGCUUCCGAGGAGGGUGAUGAGCGCUUGCCGGGUGGCCGGGAUCGUUCACGGCCUGGAAGGCCGCAAGGAGCACGAGACAGGAGACGUGGCGCUCGACGUGGAGGAUGCAUGGCGGGCGGCGCUGAGCCACGGGUUCCUCCCCCUCCCGUCUCCUCUCCCCGCCGCGCAGUAG